GAAACGCGGUCCCGCGCUGGAGCGGGGCCAGGCCGCGCGGCGCCGCAGCAAACAUGAAGGUGAUCACAUGUGAAAUAGCGUGGCAUAAUAAGGAGCCUGUUUACAGCUUAGACUUCCAACAUGGAGCUGAUGGGAAGAUCAAUCGGUUGGCCUCAGCAGGUGUGGACACAGCCGUUCGUAUAUGGAAAGUGGAAAAAGGGCCAGAUGGAAAAGCAAUUGUGGAAUUCUUGUCCAACCUCGCCCGCCAUACCAAAGCCAUAAAUGUUGUGCGCUUCUCUCCAAGUGGUGAGAUCCUAGCAUCUGGAGGAGAUGAUGCUGUUAUUUUAUUGUGGAAGCUGAAUGAUAGCAAAGAAUUGGAGCCAUUAGUUUUUCAGGAUGAAGAUGAAGCUCAGCUCAACAAGGAGAACUGGGCAGUCAUUAAAACUUUAAGAGGCCACUUAGAAGAUGUAUAUGAUAUUUGUUGGACCUCAGAUGGAAAUUACAUGGCGUCUGCUUCUGUAGAUAACACAGCUAUAAUGUGGGAUGUCAAUAAAGGACAGAAGGUUUCAAUAUUAAAUGAACACAAGAGUUAUGUCCAAGGAAUAACCUGGGAUCCUCUAGGCCAGUACAUUGCAACUCUGAGUUGUGAUAGGAUCCUGCGAGUAUACAACACACAAACCAGGCGCGUAGCCUUCAAUGUUACCAAGAUGCCAUCUGGAUCAGGAGCUGAAGGAGAGGCUAGGAGCUAUCGGAUAUUUCAUGAUGACAGCAUGAAGUCAUUUUUCCGCAGGCUCAGUUUUACUCCUGAUGGCUCCUAUUUACUCACUCCAGCUGGCUGUGUUGAAUCAGGAGAAAAUGUGACAAACACCACAUAUAUUUUCUCCAGAAACAAUCUUAAAAGGCCCGUGGGUCACCUGCCAUGUCCUGGAAAGGCAACUCUUGCUGUUCGCUGCUGCCCAGUCUACUUUGAGUUAAGACAAGCAUUUAAUAAAGAUGAAAUCAGUCAGAAAGCAUCCCCUGCUCUAUUUAAUCUGCCCUAUCGAUUGGUGUUUGCUGUUGCUUCAGAAGAUUCUGUGCUUUUUUAUGAUACUGAGCAGUCCUUCCCCUUUGGUUAUGUUUCUAACAUACAUUAUCAUACCCUGAGUGACAUUUCAUGGUCCAGCGAUGGAGCUUUUCUUGCUAUUUCUUCCACGGAUGGAUACUGUUCAUUUGUUACCUUUGAGAGGGAUGAACUGGGAAUACCACUGAAGGAGAAGCCACAAAUAAAUGUCAGGACUUCUGGUGCAUCGGAGAAGAAAGUGAAAAAGAGCCAGUCACACAAAGUCAUUUCCUCAGGCCCGAGGCUGACAGAGGGGACUUCUUCCAGCAGGGUCACUGAUCCCAGCACUCUCACCCUCCAACCUAGAACACCUACAGCUGCCGGUAAGGACUUGCCUUCCACACCUGUUGGCAUAAAAAAUGUUCCAGUCUCAUCCUCAGACGAGAGGAAAAUCAGCCAGCCAGCCAGCCAGAGCGCUAAAGUAAACCAGCCCAGGAGGAUUACUCUCAACACUUUACAAGCAUGGAGCAAGACGCCAAGGAGAGUAAAUUUGAUUCCACUGAAGCAGGAUACACCAACCUCUGUGUAUACAGAUACAGUUCCUGUACCUCCUUCCUCAGAACAGGAACAUGAAAGGCUAUUACCAUCUGAUGACAGUCUUCAAAAUCCCCCAGCAUCAAAACGUCCUAGAACUGAGGAAGUGUCUCUUCCUACAUCUGAAGAUCAGAUCAGCUGUGAUUCAAGCAAAUAAAGGCUGAGCUUUUAGUAGACUCUUCACAGGCUGAAGGCGAUGCAGCCAUAUUUGAGGGUGCAUUUCUUUUUGCAAAUAUUGAAUCCUCAAUUCCUGAUAAAAGUACCAUAUGCGUAUUUGACAUAGUGCUGUGGAGAAAGAAACUGGCAGUAGAAGACACAGGUUUCAGGAAUGUAGCUUUGCAGAAAAGGAAAUAGUUGGGAAGUAACUUCUAAGUACAUUUCUACUUCUUGAAGACAGCAUUGUUCAAGAAAUGCCACAGCUUAAGGAGAUCAAGCAAAUCUGGGUAUUGAAAAAACAUACAGUAACCUAAGACUCUCAAUCGAAGUCCCUACGCUGAUGUUUAUACAGUAUUAUGUCUUCCAGUAACCUGUCUGGCAAAAGAAUAAAAUUUCUAACAGUGUAAAUGCAUUUAUAAUGAUUUGAUGUGGUUGAAGACAAAAAAAAAAAAAAAAAAAAAAAGAAAAAAACACCCAAACAUUUUUAUUCAGGCACCUUGGCUUUAAUGUUUAGCAAUGUGCAAAAUAAUUCAUCCUUUCCAGUACUUGUGGGUACAAAAUAAUUCAUCCUUUCCAGAACAUGUGGAAUGGAAGCUGAUGUUCACAUGCUCUAAAUGCAGCAGCAUACUCAUACGAUUGAAACGUAAAUCAGAACUUGUAACUGCAAGGAACAAGAAAGCAAAGGAAGAAACCCUCUGAUGACCUGUUACAAGCAUUAAAGAGCAGAAGAAAGUUUUAAACUGUUUAAGUCCUGUAUUUGAAAAAAAAAUGCAGACAUGAGAUUUUCCUGAGGCAGCAGGAUUUGAGUGUAUACAGUAGAAGAUUCCCCUUUUUUAUUUUUUCCGAAUCUUAACUCUCUUUAGCCAAUAAAAUACAAAUCCAGUGUAUGCUAAACUUGGAAAAUUUGAUUUCUUUUUAGCAUUUAAUACUUGUACUAAACAUUUAGCAUAUAAUAACUGAACCAAGACCUGUAGAUUGAAAACAAUGAGACCAAAGUAUUUGAAAAUCACUACAAUGGAUUUGCUAUGGCAUGCACACUUAGCUUCCUGAAGUAGAAUGCUCAGCCAUGGUAUUCUGAGCUCAUUCACUUAUUUUUAUUUAACGUCAUGGACUUGAUUGUAAUAAGUAAGAUAAUUCUUAAAAUGUGAGUAGUCAUUCUAGCUAAUGAUAGCAUGUUGAAGUUUUAAACAAUUUUCUCUCGUGAUUUAGGCUAUUCUAUCAUUUGAAGUUCCACAACACACAGGAGGGGAAAGCUGCAGUUUAUAUUGAAGCUUUUUGACUUUCUGUCUUCCCUGGAUUUGUUUUUAAGCUGUGUAAUUUACUCAGUAUUUGUUUUCUGUCAGGUUCUGAAAAAGUGAACUAGUACUUCAGAAAAGCAGAAAUACAAAUCUUUCAGAAGUGUUUAGUAAAAAUUUCAUGGGGAGGAAGUAUUAACAAAUACCUAUGUCAGUGUUUCUGGCAAAUGAAUGAAGUGUGUUGCCUACAAUUUCAACAGAAAUUAAUAAGCAGAGUUAUAGGAAACUAUCUUUGCUUUAACCACUGAGGUGAGGAUGGAGCUUCGUUAGACUUACCCAAACCUGGGUUUUCUUCUAGUGAAGAAUAUAAAGACUUUAUUACUAAGCAAAGCCACAUCUAAAACUGUUUUUUUCCCAGAAAGUUUAUAGAGGUACCUAAAUUAAAGUUCGUAGAGAUACCAGAAUUGAUAGCUGAAGCAGAUACUUGUAACUAACAUGCCUUGUUGGACUUGCUAUUGUCCAGCCUGAGCUGUAAGAACAUUGGUAUUUCAUCUUUCUGUAGGACAGUAACCCACUUAGUACCGUACUGCAGUGUUUUGUUUUAUGCACAGCAAAGUAUCCUUUGAAUUCAGACUUACACUUCUAAAUACUAAUUGCAGAGCUAUCCUGAUAGAUAUUUUUAAAUCUUUUUGUACCAGUGUAUUUCAAUGUAAACUACACUUUUUGUUGAAGACUAGUAGGUUGGAUAUAUUAUUUUAGUCUGACUGGCUGGUCUCUGUGGUCUUCACUCUUCAGAUGCAAUUCAUUGUAUUAAUCUCAUACUGUAACCAUUCAGGUGGCAUCCGCCUGGUACUUUAUAGAGUUGACCAACUUAUUUUUUCUCUGCCUUGCUAUCUAAUAGGCACUGUAAAGUUAACGUGGCUUUCACUGCUGCCAUUUUCACAUCAUGAUCUCCAUCAGAGUGCUCUGCCUGGUAUUUUGUCUUCCCUAAUAGGAAUUUUUUUCCCUUUAGAUCUUGUUGUCUUUUGCCACUAUGAUUUCCUACUUCUCUGCUGAUUCUGUUACUUACUGCUUUGUCAAAAUUAUAUGGCACUAGGUUUCUAACAUUUUUCUAUAAAUGGAUGCCAUCAUUCCUGUAAUAAAUUACUAUCUUUAACACUGACA